UCUUAAGAAUACUCUUCGUUUCUGCUGAAAAGUAGUGUACGUCGUUGCUCACCCAGGAGCGAGACGAAGGAACGAAACCCCAUUCUGAGCUCACCCUCACUAACUGUGGAGUUCGUGCGUGGCCGGUGAUCGCUUCGGGCCCGUCCUCCCGACAGUGUUACAGCUCUUUUCGAAUUUGUCUAGCAGGUUUUCCGGUUUGCACCGGAAAGCCCCCACAUUCACUUUGUUUUUCAAUAGCAGACGUUUCUGGUGUUGGGCGGGGGGAGAGGGUCUCAGACCUCCGGGUCUAGUUUGAGCGUUUGCUGGUCAGUCCAGGUUAAGGACUACGCCCGCAGGCUUCCGGCUACGGCUGAUUCUGCUUCCCUUCUUCCCGCGCCGACGCCGGAUCCCUGCUGGGAGCUGACUCGCUGUUCCCAGCUUGUCUGUCGUUGCGCUGCGCCCACGGGUGCUGUGGCCCCAUGGCGUCCGCCUCGGCUCAGCCCGCGCCCCUGAGCGCCGAGCAGGCCAAGGUGGUCUUGGCCGAGGUGAUCCAGGCGUUCUCGGCUCCGGAGAACGCCGUGCGCAUGGACGAGGCCCGCGACAACGCGUGCAACGACAUGGGCAAGAUGCUGCAGUUCGUGCUGCCUGUGGCCACGCAGAUUCAGCAGGAGGUUAUCAAAGCCUAUGGUUUCAGCUGCGACGGGGAAGGUGUCCUUAAGUUUGCCCGCUUGGUCAAGUCCUACGAAGCGCAGGAUCCCGAGAUUGCCAGCCUGUCCGGCAAGCUGAAAGCUCUGUUCCUGCCGCCCAUGACGCUGCCGCCCCAUGGACCGGCUUCCGGCAGCAGCGUGGCUGCCUCCUGAGAGUCGGGCCUGCCCUGGGCUCCGCUGGGAGAGGGAAGAGUGUUCCGGAAGAUAAUAAAUGCACCUGUGACUUGG